AUGUCGAGCAACACAAACCUGGCGUUGGACGCUCCCGGGCUGCUUCGGCCCGCUCGCAGCUUGAGACGCAGAAUGAAGGCCAUCACCAACGACUUGCCUCCAGAGUUGCUGCCUGUGGUCAACUUGAUCAAUGCUCAGAGAUUGCGCACAUACGUCUCGGGCUCGCUCUGGCUCAAACACCAUGGGUCUGAUUGGCUCCCCACGGAGGCCACGUUGACAGGAACAGAGUUGGCUUUAUUUAUAGACGGCUCUGAGAACCCCAAGUAUGUGAACAUCCAAGAUUGCAGCAUCUUGGUUGGCUCCAAGACCUCGCUGUCUCCAGGGUCCACAUCCGAUGUCUCGUACCCAUACGACUUGACCAUCUUGCAGGAUUUUGAUAACCACCAGGAGGUGCUUCGCUUCGAUGUGCAACAAGAUCUUUUCAAUUGGCUAGCGGCGUUGCACUUGUCCAAAUUUGAGCUGACGUCUUUGAACGAGGCCUUCACCGCUGUCAUGCUCUCGAUCAAGGGUCCAGAGCUCUCGGAUAUAUACACGCUUUUGGCCCACAAAAAACGGUUUGCUAGGUUCGAGUGGUGCAACUUGCGCUUACCCCAGGUAUCUUCAAAGUGGAUCAAAACGUACAUGGCCAUAAUCCCCGGCGACAACAAAAAGAAAGGCAGAGUGGAGAUCUACACUAACGACAAGAUAAACAAAAAGUCGCUCAUCUUAUACGUGAACGACGUUGAGGCCGUCUACAAUGUCUACCCUGAGGAUCACCGCAUGAUUGACAACAACGGUAUCAUGAAGUUAGAGGGCCAAGUGUUCGUCAACAAAGACUACGAGCACCUCUUCUCUGGCAAGGAGGUUCUCUCGGGAGACAGCACUCCAACUGGCUCGAAGCUGGGCUCCAGAGUCAGCUCCAGCACCUCCCUUAGCUCCUUGGCUGCUCCACCAGCGCCACAUCAACAGGUUGGCAAUCGCUCGAGAAGUACAUCGGUGAACUCAUCCCAUUCGUUCUUCAUGAAUUCGCCAACUCCUACGAGAAAUACGAAGGAGCUGUUGACGCCCGGCUCGCCUCCACGCAACACAUCGAAUCAUUUCUACAAGAAGCAGAGCGUCAACAAGUUUGUUGCUACAAACUACGUCUACUUGUUGCCUCUCAACCACCCUGGAGUUUCUUCUAUCGAAAUCAUGAUCAGAAACUUCCUCCAUAUCAUUGAUGCCUUCAAGUUGUACGGUCGUCCUCAGCAAUUGAACAGCGACAAGAAGAACACCGAGUCGAUGCUCUUCGGGUUGCCAUCGUUGCCAUUCUACGGGUAUCUUUCGACGGAGGACGCAUUUGAUCUUGUUGAGGCCAAUUUCGAUACCGCUCGUAUCCAAAACUGGACGGAGUUGGAAUGGCGCAACUGUUUCAAGGAGUACAUUGUAUGCAAACAGGCAGACGGGCCAUAUAAGGGCGUGGGCAACAUUGCCGAUCUAUACGACUCCGUCGAGGGCGACUCUCCUGUUAGCGAACUGGCCACCCCAAUCGGGAUGUUGUCGCCCAAGAUCCUGUUCCCCUAUAACACAUCACGUGUUGCCAGUCCUCCACCAGGCAACAUGUCACGUCUCUCACAGAAUUACUCAGGAGGCGAUGAGUUCGGCGGAGAGAUUGGCCAGUUGCUGUUGAGCGACACGAGCUUGGGACAGGGCCCCAGCAAUCUGGGCAGCAACAUCGCAAGUGCUCCGGCGCUCAAGCUCAACGACGACAAGUACUUGGGCGGCCCCUUUGAGUUCAAGAACCAGGACACCUCUCCCAGAUCGCAGGACGACAUGCUUCGGUCUCUUGAGCCCAUUGUGGACUUGCCCACCCCUCUUGACGACAAGCACGCUGUGAACAAUUACUUCAGCGUGAAGGCUGCCAAUUUGUAA